AUGGCCAACGAAAUAUCCCUCAUGUCCUACCUCCAACAGCCCAUUGCAACAAACCCCCCCUCAACCAACCCAUCCAACAACAUCCUCUUCUCCAACCCCUGGGUCAAAUCUACCUUAACCACCCCAGAAACCAACCUAUCCAAACCCAUCCUCAUCCCCAACCCUUGGGAAGAAUUCAACCUACCCACCAUCCUCCAAAGACAUCACCAACUCCUUAAGCAAGUCCAUCUCCCCCCCGACCCAACCCCCAUCCCAACAUCAACCUUGCCAACCGAUUUUCCCUGGUGUGAACUCCACAAUCACGUUAUGCCACGGGUCCGUCGAGCCCUAAACGCCUCCUUCGAACAUCUCAAUCUCCCCAUACCGUAUCAAGAAUCCAAUAACCCUCCACACAACAAAACACCCAUCCCCGCUACGGACUUUAAAUCAGCUACUGGUGCGACAUGGCCUCCAGAUCCGGUAAAUUACAGAGGGGGUGAUAGAUACCCUCAUAAUAUGAACCAAGUGAGUGUGUAUGCGGGGAAUACAGGUGAUACGCCGUAUGGGUUUUUGAUCCGAGAUCAGGAAUUGGUUUUCUCCAAGAGGGUAUAUUUGGAUGGGAAUAUAUUGAUUGCUCGGCCGGUUUGUUUUACGGCGGGUGGGACGGAUGCGGAGCCCGUGUUGACUCCGUUGUUGGCCUUGUGGGCGUUUUGUAUGUUGGGGGCUUGUGCUAGUGACGGUGAUGAGGGGGGGGAUUGUUGGGUUUUGUGA